GCCGCGGCGUGCGCCGCAGAAGCGAAGCCCUCCGCCCCGCGCCCUCUACGUCGGCCGGAUUUGGCACGGUCGCUUGGGAACCAGAAGUGUCGGCUGCCGCGUGUGCGUGGGCGGCGCCUGCGGAGGGCGAUGGAGGGGGGUCCCCGCUUGGGGGUGGCGCUGCUGCUGGGGGAUCGAGACCCCACCGGUGCUCCGGCCCCGCACUGUCCGCACGGGCCUGCUCUUUUGUUCACAAAGAUUCGUCAAGGGAAGGGAGAAGGGAGAAGAUUUUAUGCUUGUUCGGCUUGUAGAGAAAGAAAAGACUGUAGCUUUUUCCAGUGGGAAGGUGAAAAGGUGUCUGAGGCUAGGCGUCAAGCACAGGAGAGGUACAACCAAAGUCGGCAGCCCUCUUCCUCUCACACACAAAAUGUGGAAAGGUACAAGGAGUUUGUCGUCUUGCCGUUAUCGGAAAGGAAGUUCUGUCAAGAAUGCCAACAGCUUCUCUUGCCAUCUGAGUGGAGAAGACACUCUGGGCAUCAGGUACUUGGUGGUGUCUCCGUUGCCCAGCUGAGGAGACCCAGCCAGCUCCUCAGACCUCUAGAGAACAAGAAGACCAACGCGCAGUAUCUGUUUGCUGACCGGAGCUGCCGGUUCCUGCUGGACCUCAUUGUGGCGCUCAGGUUCAAGAGAGUGCUUUGCGUCGGCACCCCAAGGCUUCAUGAACUGAUCAAAUUACGAUCACCGCAGGAACAGAAGAGCCCCAUUAGGAGCCUUUUGUUGGAUAUUGAUUUCAGGUACUCCCAGUUUUAUACAGAGGAGGAAUUCUGCCACUACAAUAUGUUUAACCAUUAUUUCUUUGGUGGAGAGGCUGCCCGCGAUGUAUGUCAGGAAUUCUUGCAGCAAGACGAAGGCGAAGGGGUCAUCAUGGUGGCUGAUCCUCCAUUUGGGGGCUUGGUCGAAGCCCUGGCUUUUGCUUUCAGACAGCUGGUUGCCAUGUGGAAGCAAACAGGCCGCACAGAUGCAGCCAGCAAAGAAUUACCCAUAUUUUGGAUAUUUCCAUACUUUUUUGAAUCACGCAUCCUUGAAUUUUUCCCAAGUUUCAGGAUGCUGGAUUAUCAGGUGGACUAUGAUAACCAUGCCCUCUACAAACAUGGAAAGUCAGGCCGAAAACAGUCCCCUGUUCGUAUUUUUACUAAUGUUUCACCUCGUCUAAUAGUGCUUCCUGUGGAAGAAGGGUAUAGGUUUUGCUGCAUUUGUCAGCGAUAUGUGAGCUCAGAGAACCAGCACUGUGAAGCGUGCAAUUCAUGCACAUCCAAAGACGGGAGGCGAUGGAGGCAUUGUUCUCUUUGCAAAACGUGUGUAAAACCUUCUUGGGUUCACUGUCGCGUUUGUGAUCGCUGUGCGCUUCCAAGUCAUUCUUGUAAGAACGCUGAUGCCGGAUGCUUUGUUUGUGGAGCAGCUGACCACAAGCGCACCGCCUGCCCUAAUCUGUGUGCAGCUAUGAGAGUUUGCUGCGGGGGCCAGAAGUUGAAUCCAAAGAAGAACAAACUCAAAGCAAACAUGAGAAAAGGAAAGAAAGCUAAGACUGCAAAACAAAGAAAGAAGAAAUCAAAAAAGCUUCUGAAUUAAAAGCAUCGUAUUUACCUGAGGCCUCUGGUCUUCUUCACAUAUACAUUCAGAAUCCAGCUGAGUUGAGCCUGCGUUCUGCAGCAUUGAAUAGAAAUGUCACCAGAUUUAGGAUCAGCAAAACAGACUGGCCGACGUCUUUCAUGGGAACAUGGGUAAAACACUGGUCAAUACUGUCUGCUAUUCAGCAUAGGACACAUCUGCUGUUAAGA